AUGCAGGGCAAGGCGGCGCUGGGCUCCCCGGGCGGCGGCGGCGGCGGCGAGCUGCAGGCGGCCGAGGCGCAGCGCGCCAAGAAGCGCAAGAAGAAGCGCGGCUCCUGCUUCUCCAGCAUCCAGGUCUUCCUGGUGUCCGAGUGCGCCCUCAUGCUGGCGCAGGGCACGGUGGGCGCCUACCUGGUGAGUGUCCUGACCACCUUGGAACGAAGGUUCAACCUUCAGAGUGCUGACGUGGGCGUCAUCGCCAGCAGCUUUGAGAUCGGGAACUUGGCCCUCAUUCUUUUUGUGAGCUACUUCGGUGCCCGGGGACACAGGCCGCGUUUGAUCGGAUGCGGGGGGAUCGUUAUGGCUCUUGGAGCUCUUCUUUCUGCUCUUCCUGAAUUCUUGACUCACCAGUAUGAAUAUGAGUCCGGGGAGAUUCGUUGGGGGGCCGAAGGGAGGGAUGUGUGCGUGGUCAACGGAUCUACCAGGGACGAGGGACCAGACCCGGAUCUAAUCUGUAGGAACCGGACUGCCACAAACAUGAUGUACUUGCUUCUCAUUGGAGCGCAGGUCCUCCUAGGGAUUGGUGCUACUCCUGUGCAACCUCUAGGAGUUUCCUACAUCGAUGACCAUGUGAGGAGGAAAGAUUCUUCCCUGUAUAUAGGGAUCUUGUUUACAAUGCUGGUGUUCGGACCAGCCUGCGGUUUUAUCUUGGGCUCUUUCUGUACCAAAAUCUAUGUGGAUGCUGUCUUCAUCGACACAAGCAAGCUGGACAUCACCCCUGAUGACCCGCGGUGGAUUGGCGCAUGGUGGGCGGGCUUCCUGCUCUGCGGUGCCUUACUGUUCUUCUCAUCCCUGCUGAUGUUUGGGUUCCCACAGUCCCUGAUCCGCCGGCCGGAGCAGAUGGCAGAGGCCGAGGAAGCCAUGCUGCCAGAUCAGGACUACGAGAGGCCCAAGCCAAGCAAUGGGGUUAUCCGGCAACACUCUCUGGAAGCAGAAGACGGCAGCUCCUGUCUCCAGCAGCUGAGAGUGAUCCCAAAAGUAACCAAGCACUUGCUCUCCAAUCCUGUAUUCACCUGCAUCGUCCUGGCUGCAUGUAUGGAGAUCGCUGUGGUUGCUGGCUUCGCGGCCUUCCUCGGGAAGUAUCUGGAACAGCAAUUCAAUCUCACAACAUCGUCGGCGAACCAGCUGCUGGGCAUGACGGCGAUUCCGUGUGCGUGCCUGGGCAUCUUCCUGGGGGGCCUCUUAGUCAAGAAGCUGAGCCUCUCUGCACUGGGAGCCAUUCGAAUGGCGAUGCUAGUCAACUUGGUAUCCACGGCGUGCUACGUCUCUUUCCUCUUCCUGGGCUGUGACACGGGGCCUGUGGCUGGGGUUACUGUUCCCUAUGGAAACAACUCAGUACCAGCCUCGGGCUUGGUCCCAAAUUCUGCCUGCAAUAACAACUGUAAAUGCCAAACCGAUUCCUUCACUCCGGUCUGUGGGGCAGAUGGGAUCACCUACUUAUCCGCCUGCUUUGCGGGAUGCACUAGCACGAAUCUUACUAGCUGCGCAUGCCUCAGUUUGGUCUCAGCCGAGAAUGCCACAGUUGUUCCGGGGAAAUGCCCCAGCCCAGGUUGCCAAGAAGCCUUCCUGACAUUCCUCUGCGUGAUGUGUGUUUGCAGCAUGAUCGGGGCCAUGGCGCAGACCCCCUCCGUCAUCAUUCUCAUCAGAACAGUGAGCCCAGAGCUGAAGUCGUACGCUUUGGGAGUCCUCUUCCUACUCCUCCGUCUGUUAGGUUUUAUUCCACCCCCUCUGAUCUUUGGAGCAGGAAUUGACUCGACAUGUCUGUUCUGGAGUACGUUCUGUGGCGAGCAAGGAGCAUGCACGCUCUACGACAACGUCAUCUACCGACACCUUUAUGUGAGCAUCGCAAUAGCCCUGAAGUCCUUUGCGUUCAUCCUAUAUACUACCACCUGGCAGUGCUUGAGGAAAAAUUAUAAGAAAUACAUCAAGAACCAUGAAGGGGGACUCAGCACCAGUGAGUUCUUUGCCUCCACUUUGACCCUGGACAACCUAGGGCGGGACUCCAUUAGUCAGAACCCAUCUCACAGGACAAAAUUUAUCUACAACCUCGAAGAUCAUGAAUGGUGUGAAAACAUGGAGUCUGUUUUAUAGUGACUACAGGGCUAUGUUGAUCACCCAAGGAUCUUUUUUAAAGUAAAGAGAGAGAAAGAAAAUAUAAUAUAAGAGGGUGUUUUGGAAAGUACAAGCAAAAUGGCAGCCUGCACUAUAUUGUCAUCAAUUGCCAUAAUUUUCUGAAACGCUGGCCUACAUACUAGGAGAGUGCUGAAAGACCUCUGUCCUCUUUCUAGAAAGGAGACGUAGGCGAGUUUUAAGAGAGUGGGAUCAUUCUUCAAAUUCUGCUCAAGAAACAGAGAAAACAGGGAAAAAAAAGAAAUAGAGAAAACGGGAAGCUGUACAUCAAGAUACCGGAUGCAUCGGCCAGAGGCGCGAUGGAUGGAAAUUUGGGGAGUUCCACCAUUUUGUUGGAGAGCUGAGCAAAGGGACAUUUUUGGGGUAAAAAUGCAAAAUGAUCAUCUUUAAAAUAACAAAACCCCUACAAACCAGGAGUAGACAGGAACCGUAGCAGGACUCUUGAGUAUCCUGGGUGGGGGGCACCUUUGCAAUACAAGCUAUAAGGGUGUAGCUAAAUUGGGUGCUGUACAGUUGCAGUGUUUUCCUGUCUCUCUCCCUGUUGGAUGUCAAAAGAGGAGCCAUGUUCGGUUUUCCCAGCUACAUUAACACCAUGAUCACCAGCCAUAAUUCAAGCAGACAUGCCCAGACAGUGGUUCAGACGUCUUGAACCCACGCACGUCACCUCGUCAGUCCCCAAACACCAGCAGCUUUUUUUGUUAACAUAGUUCAAACUUUUGGGGCUGGGGCUGUACCUGGUUGUGCCAGUAGAGGAAAGGGUGGCAGAGCCCUCGGGUGACCCUUACCAAGCUUUUGUUACCUUUUCAAGGUCUAAUGGGGAAGGCAGAUGUUUCUGUUUAGAGAGGUGGGGAACCACACAUUGCCUCCCAAGCAAAUAGACAUCUUUAUGUCCAAUUGUGAGCUCUGGAAAAAUGAAACAGGACUGUUGACUGUGGAAGGUGAUUCUCCGCUUUUUAAAAUGUUUGCAAUAUUUUUUUCCCGGAAGUGCAGCAGAGGGAAUGAUGGACAUAUAUAUAUAAAUUCUAAAUCUAUUGUGCCACUUUGCAAAUGUAACAGCAGGCUGCCCUGCCGGAAGUGACGACAAACGCACUUCCUUAACGUGGGAAGCAACUGGCCAAUCCAGCACUUGACUUCUUUCUGAUCCGUAGGCUGGGAUGCUUUACAGGGGCACAUCAGAUGGCCUUCUGGCGUACAUCUCUGUCACUUCCACCCAAUGUUCCCUCCACGUAGAAAAGUAGAUGUGGUGAAAGUCUUUCCGACAAACUGAUUUUCUCUGGCCAUGGAAUUAGGAUGUAUAUGUCUGAAGUGCAAGUUCCCAUGAUCAGGGUAGAGUGGGCCUUCCAGGUCAAUUUAAUAAGACAGAUAAUGUUUUAUCUUCUGUGUUCAGGCCUUUGCAAAGCCUUUACACUGUUGGCAGGGCUUUGUAAAAAUUGCCAACUCUUCCCCCGUGCCCC